UGUGGACUCCAAGCAUUACACAGUAGUCUAACUUGUUCUCCUCACCCUCUCGUUUUAACCCUUCCAACCACCUGCUUGCUGAACAGAAAUGGACUGGAUUGAUCCCAUGUCGAUAUUUCUGGUGUUUGCCCUGACUCUCAUCUUUAUUACAAAAAUUGCAAGUUUCUGGAGUAGCCGCAUCAGAGAGGAUUUUCCCCCAGGCCCAAGGCCUUUACCUGUCAUUGGAAACCUGCACAUCUUCGACCUGAAGAGACCCUACCGGACUCUCCUCAAGCUGUCAGAAACCUAUGGCCCCGUCUUCAGUGUUCAGAUGGGAUUCACAAAGAUGGUGGUGCUCUCAAGCUACGAGACAGUGAAGGAAGCUCUGGUGAACCAGGCAGAUGCAUUUGCAGAGAGGCCUAAAGUCCCACUUUUUGAAGAAUUAUCCAAAGGAAAUGGUGACUUACAUUUUAUUCUUUCUCUUAAACUAACUUUAUUCAAGCAAGUAGAAAUGUUUCUCCAUAUAAGAAACAGAUGAUUGAGGUGCUAAUGUGCCUGUUUGCACCCUCAUCCUUUUAAAUCAUUU